CAACAAUCCUACUAGCUGCAAAACUCUUAGAACAGUAUCACUAAUUAAUUCAUUAUUACGAUAAUAAUUGUGGAGAUGAGUGGUGGCAAUGCUAAUGUUAAUCAGAAUGUUCAACAAGAUGUUGAAAGAGAGGGUGGUGCAGCGAAUAAUAAUAAUAAUAAUCAACAAAAUUUGGAAAAUUGGUUGCCAGUUAGUGCAUCUAGGAAAGCAAAAUGGUGGUAUUCAACCUUUCACAAUGUCACUGCUAUGGUUGGUGCUGGUGUCCUAAGUUUACCAUAUGCUUUAUCACAGCUUGGAUGGAUUCCAGGUAUUUCAGUGAUUUUAGUGUCAUGGCUAGUGACAUUUUACUCACUGUGGCAACUAGUGCAAAUGCAUGAAUUGGUUCCAGGGAAGAGAUUUGAUCGAUACUUUGAUUUAGGAGAACAUGUAUUAAAAGGAAAAGUUGGAUAUUGGAUUAUAAUGAUACAACAACUAAUUGUUCAGGUUGCUUCAACCAUUGUGUACUCUGUCACCGGUGGAAAAUCACUGAAGAAGUUCUGUGAAAUAAUACCUGCAAAAAUAUUUGAUGAAAUCAGACAAACAUAUUAUAUUGUCUUCUUUGUUUUUAUACAGUUACUCCUUUCACAAAUUCCUAACUUCAAUACUUUGAAAGGAAUCUCUUUGCUUGCCGCAUUCAUGUCUGUCUGUUACUCAGUGGUGGCAUGUGCGACAUCAAUUGCAAAGGGAAUCGAACAUCAUCCAACUCACUAUGGCGUUCGAUCGCAUACUACUGCUGGGAAAACUUUCGAUGUUUUUAAUGCACUUGGAACAAUAGCUUUUGCCUUUGCUGGACAUAGUGUGGUUCUAGAGAUUCAAGCUACAUUACCCUCUACGGAAGAAAAACCUUCCAAGAUACCAAUGUGGAGAGGUGUGGUUGUUGCAUACACCAUAGUUAUACUUUGCUAUCUUACCGUUGCCAUAUCUGGUUAUUGGGCAUUUGGUGAUUUGGUAGAAGAUGAUGUACUCAUCUCACUCGAACGUCCUGAAUGGGUUAUUGCUGUUGCUAACUUUAUGGUUUUCUUACAUGUUCUUGGAAGUUAUCAGGUUUUUGCAAUGCCGGUUUUUGAUACGAUAGAGUCUUGUUUGGUGCAAAAGUUUAAAUUCAACCCCUCAAGUAUGCUUCGUCUCGUUGCACGAAGCAUCUAUGUGGCUGUGGUUGGAUUCCUUGCCGUAACCUUCCCAUUUUUUGGAGGAUUGUUAGGAUUUUUUGGAGGACUAGCAUUUUCAGCAACAUCAUAUAUUAUACCUUGUGUCUUAUGGCUUUAUGCCAAAAAACCAAAGAUGUGUAGCUUUCAUUGGAUUGCAUCGGUGACUUGUAUAGCCAUUGGCGUUACAAUAGCAGUUGUUGCACCGGUUGGAGGAAUACGAACAAUUAUUGUUUCUGCACAAACUUACAAGUUUUAUUCACGAUGAUAAUUAGAAGGUUAAUUAAUUGAUUGAUUGAUGUUCUAAGUAUUCUUUUUAAUCACUAGAACAUCAGACUAUAGAACUUACUAGUUUUGUUUUUUAGUUUCUAGUAUGUUCGGCAGAAAUUUUAGCUGCCUAGUGAUUAAUGAGAUUUGUAAAUUAUUAAUCCAAGGAUUCUAUGUUGGCUUAGCAAAUGUUAUGCUAACUAUGGUUGAGAUUAAGGUUAGGGUGUUAAUGUGUUAUGCUAGUUAUGGGGAGAGUAAGGU